GCGGGCUGGCGGCUCGGCGCUCGUCUGGCGGCGCCUGCCCGUGUGGUGGUUUCCGGCGGACGUGGUGAGAGUCGCACGCGCAGCGGGGAAGGUGUGAGUUGUGAACGGCCCGGGUCUCCGCCAUGGCCUCUCUACUCGCCAAGGACGCCUAUCUGCAGAGCCUGGCCAAGAAGAUCUGCUCCCAUUCGGGCCCGGAGCAGCAGGCGCGGACGCGGGCUGGCAAAACUCGAGGCUCAGAAGCUGCAGGGCCCCCAAAAAAGAAAAGGAAGAAAACACAAAAGAAAUUCCGGGAGCGGGAAGAGAAGGCUGCUGAGCACAAGGCCAAGUCCUUGGGAGAGAAGUCUCUAGCAGCCUCUGGGGCCAGGAGGCCUGAGGCAGCCAAAGAGGAAGCAGCUUGGGCUUCCAGUUCAGCAGGGAACCCUGCAGAUGGCCUGGCCACUGAGCCUGAGUCUGUCUUUGCACUGGAUGUUCUGCGACAGCGACUGCAUGAGAAGAUCCAGGAGGCCCGGGGCCAGGGCAGUGCCAAGGAGCUGUCCCCUGCCGCCCUGGAGAAAAAGCGGAGAAGAAAGCAGGAACGGGACCGGAAGAAGAGGAAGCGAAAGGAGCUGCGGGCGAAAGAGAAGGCCAGGAAGGCUGAGGAGGCCGCGGAGGCCCAGGAGGCGGUGGAGCCAACGCCAGAGGGGGCCUGCACGGAGCCGCGGGAGCCACCGGGGCUGAUCUUCAAUAAGGUGGAGGUGAGCGAAGACGAGCCGGCCAGCAAGGCUCAGCGCAGAAAGGAGAAGAGGCAGAGGGUGAAAGGGAACCUCACGCCGCUGACCGGGAGGAACUACCGGCAGCUGCUGGAGCGCCUGCAGGCACGGCAGAGCCGGCUGGACGAGCUGCGCGACCAGGAUGAGGGGAAGGCGCAAGAGCUGGAGACCAAGAUGAAGUGGACCAACCUCCUAUACAAGGCGGAGGGCGUGAAGAUCCGCGAUGACGAACGCCUGCUGCAGGAGGCCCUGAAGCGGAAGGAGAAGCGCAGGGCGCAGCGGCAGCGCGGGUGGGAGAAGCGCACAGCCGGCGUGGUGGAGAAGAUGCAGCAGCGCCAGGACCGGCGUCGGCAGAACCUGCGCAGGAAGAAGGCGGCCCGCGCCGAGCGCCGCCUGCUCAGGGCCCGCAAGAAGGGCCGCAUCCUGCCGCAGGACCUGGAGCGCGCAGGCCUGGUCUGAGCCUUUCCCACCGGGGGUGCCGUCUCUGUCCUGGGAGGCUCCAGGGGACCCUCUGAGUCCUUGAUGCAGGCUCUGUCCCAGGAUCUCCACAGACCGCGGCCUCUGCGUGUGAGGGGGACACUGUCGUGCUCUGCUGAGUUGUGAGGGCUCAGAUCACGUGUGUGAAAGAGAAUGUUUCUGCGUCAUCCUUGAAAACAGGGUCUGGGGCCUUCAGACCCAGGGAAAGGGCGAGCCACACUGGGGCCCAGCCUGCUUUCCUGGGCCCGAAAGCUUCCCCGAGGUUUGCAGGGUCAGGGAGGAGGAACGGUGGGGGUGGGCAGUCACUGCCCCUUCCCCCCUGCCUGUGUUCUCAGGGGCCACAGGACAGAAGAGGGUGGCCUCUGCUGCCGAGCCACGUUAGUCCGCAGCUGACUAGAACAGAGGACAGCCCUGAGGUGUGGCGUGUGGGCACCUUUCACUCGGGAGUGGUGGGAGCACGUCCAGGCGUGAUGCGUCCUGGGGCAGAACGCCACGUCUCCUCCCCCUUCUCUUGGCUUCUGCCUGUUGGGGUCUCAUUCCUUUCUGUUCCUCAGUGCCUCUGGGCGGCAUUUCACCUCCGAAUUCAGAGGGAGGGAGGGAGCAGUACCUUCCCAGAGUCCACGCGUGUGAGUUGGGUCAAGUGCAUUGGCCCAAGGGAAAGACAGAGUAAAAGCUGGAGAGAGUGAAGUGAAUGGAAGAUACAAAAUGUAAUGGAAGAAUUAAAUCCAAAGCUCCAGGCAAUCAAAAUGAAUGCAGGUUGAAUAAACUCAGGUGAAUUUUAGUGGCACGUGGAUGAUAACGCUGUAAAUAAAAUUCUUUUGAUGAAACUCUCCAGUUAACUAGACGAAAAUUGUAAUCUAAAGGGAGCUGGUGUGACUUUUAAUAGUGUCUACUGAUGAAAAAGCCCUGUGAAAGAUCAGAUGUGAGAUGGGUAUGAGCUUGAGCCUAGGAGACAGACACAACAGUAUCUGGAAAGAAUACAUAGUCCUUCCAAGCGUAUAUGGAACAUGGAUGGGAAUUGACCACCUACUUUGUCUAGAAAAGAAGUCGUAAGAUAUUUCAAGGAAUCAGUGUCGUUACCUGACCAUAUCCCAAUGUCGUUAAAAAAUUUUUGAGCUAA